AUGAGUUCGGAUGCUCUACCAUGUGAUGACUUCCUUCAGUCAGCAAGGCUCCUCAAUCUGUGGAGGAAAUCUGAUGACCAUGUGCGAUAUGAACUCAAUUCAGAACUACCUACAGCGUCAUUCGUCAACAAGGUAGACUAUGCUAGCAAGUGUAAUACAUUUGUCAAUAAAAUGCUUAUGGGUCAUGAGAAAAGAACUAAGGCGAUCAGAGAUUGCAUCAAACUAUCCGCUGAGAAACUUAUCGCAUUGCAACGUUCCUCAGAGCUCAGUAAUGAAUGCAAUAAGGAAGUUACUCGUGACAUUCAAAAGAGACAACACCUGCUAAGACAAUUCCAAGCUGAACUUUUGAAUGAGGAAGUUAUCCAAACUUCGGCGUUUAAAGUAAUAUACGAACGCUGUCGUGAGCAUUUCCGACAUCCUGUUUUUGACAAAUUCCGAGACUAUGAUUUGUAG